UGCUACUACUAAUUAACUACUCUAGCAUUUUUGGUAACUCAUUCUAACAAACACAAGAGGGGUUGUGAGUUCGAGUCUCACCAAGAGCAAGGUGGGAAGUUCUUGGAGGGAAGGAUGCCGGGGCUCUAUUUGGAAACAGUCUAUCUGCCCUAGGGUAGGGGUAAGUUAGUUUCCAUUAAUUCGAAGAGAAGCCCGAGAUGAAGAAAUUGUAUCAAGCUGCUGCUUCAGUUGAUUGGGAGAAAGAGUCUUACCCUGAGUACAAAGAUUUGAAUUUUCUUAUCAUUUUCGCUCUAUUCUUCCCCAUCGUUCGAUUCAUACUCGACAGAUUUGUUUUCGAGGCAUUGGCUAAGCGCAUGAUUUUUGGAAAUGAGCAAAAGUUGGUAAAUAUCAAUGGCAGUAGAAGGAGGAGGAGGAGGAGGAGGAGGAGGAUCAACAAAUUCAAAGAGUCAGCAUGGAAAUUAGUAUAUUUUUUAUCUGCUGAGAUAUUGGCACUUGUUGUUACUUGUAAUGAGCCUUGGUUCACAAAUACUCGAUAUUUUUGGUCAGGACCUGGGGAUCUGGUUUGGCCUGAUUUAAAAAUGAAAUUAAAGCUGAAAGGGUUGUACAUGUAUGCUGGAGGAUUCUACUUAUACUCCAUAUUUGCAUUGCUCUACUGGGAAACAAGACGCAAAGAUUUUGCUGCCCAAAUGGUUCAUCACAUAACAACAGUGUCACUCAUUGUGCUGUCUUACAUUUUCGGGUUAACCCGUGUUGGAUCAGUGAUUCUAGCAAUUCAUGACGGAAGUGAUGUAUUUAUGGAGAUUGCUAAGAUGUCAAGAUACAGUGGCUUCCAAAGGAUUGCUGAUAUUUUCUUCAUUAUUUUCGCAGUGGCUUUUGCAUCACUUCGUAUUAUCUGCUUUCCUUUCUGGGUACUCCGAAGCACAUGCUACGAAAUUCUUUUCAUAGUGGACACAGAGAAGAACCGGACUGAAGGAACCAUACUGUACUUUUUGUUCAAUUCACUGCUGGUGUGUUUGCUUGUUCUUCACAUCUUUUGGAUGAGACUCAUAUUACGAAUGGUUAACGAUCUCAUAACAAAAGGCCACAUUACUGAUGAUGUCCGAUCAGAUUCUGAAUCCGAUGAUGAGCACAAAGACUAAUCCUUCAAUAACAAGAUUAUAAAAUAACAUGGAUUAUAGGCGUUGCUGAUGUGGAUGAACAAUUAAACUAGGAAAAUUACAGCCAAACCCUUUAUUCGGAGUUCCAAUCAUGUGUAUUUUGCCUAUAUGUAUAAAACGAGUUUCAUUAUUGGAAUUAUGAGCUCUACGGAUGAACUUUCAAUUUAA